AUGGAAGAUCGAAAAGAAUUAUUUGGAAAGUUGAAGCUGGCGGAUGGAACUACAACAGCAAAUCGGUCAAAAAUCAAGCUCGAAAUCAAAAACCACUUCAUUCAGCAGUUCAAAAAUCAUGGUCAAAGAACCAAAAAGAUCAAUGAAAAACCAAGAAAUCCAUUUCCAAUUUUAAUUGAUGAAGUGAGUUCAGCAACAAAAACAUUGAAAUCUGAGUCGGCUAUGGGAUUGGAUCGAGUCGGUAGUGAUAUGCUGAAACACGGUGGUGAAAAACUGCAGCAGAAUCUUGCGAGAUGCUUCAACAAAUUGAUUGAAGAUGGAAAAUAUCCACCUGAAUGGAACGAGAUUCGCAUAAAAUUGUUGGAGAAAAAGACAAAUCCGGAAACCUUGAAAGAUGUCCGCCCAAUCUCCAUACUAUCAAUCCCUGGAAAAGUAUUCACAAAAAUAAUGACAAAACGAAUGGCAAGAAAAGCUGAGAGCUAUCUGGAUGAGACCCAAAAUGGAUUUAGAUGUGGAAGAUCUUGCUCUGAAAAUCUACAAUCCAUCACUUGCCUAUGGGAAAAAUGCCACGAAUAUGACAAGCCGUUGAUUCUCACUUUUAUCGAUUAUCGUGCAGCGUUUGAUUCAAUUUACUGGAGUGCGGUACAAGAAGGUGUGUUGGAAUCUGGGUUUGAUCCACAAUAUAUAGAAGCCAUAAAAAGCUGCAACGAAUUGGGCACCGGAGAGAUCGAGAUCUUUGGAGAGAAAUUGAAAAUACCUGUGGAAAGAGGAGUAAGACAAGGAGAUUCUUCGUCACCUGCGCUCUUCGCAAUUGCCUUACACAAACUCCUGAACGAAGCUGACCCACUACCUGAAGAUGAUGAAGAGGAGAAUUUUGGAAUUCGAGUCGAUGGUAGAUAUAUUUCAAGAUUAUUAUUUGCGGAUGAUCUCGUUCUAAUCGACAAAAACCCGAAAGACGCCUCGAAUCGUGCCUCAAAAAUUGCCAAAAUCUGCGAAAAAGCUGGUUUGAUCUUCAACACUGCCAAAUCAAAAGUAUUGAGAAAUCAAUGCGCCAACAAUGCAAGUGUUCGAGUAAAUGGCCAGCCACUUGAAGAUGUUGAUCAAAUAAAAUACCUGGGAAGAAUCUUCAGGAAAGAUGGCGCUUUGGACUCAGAAAUAAAUAACCGAGUAAGAGCUGGCUGGGCUGCAUAUCACAGCAUUGCAACUGCAAUCAGCGAAAUUUCAAAAAAAGAGAAAAACCACUUCUUGAAAUCCAGUGUUUUGAGUGCUAUGACUUAUGCUUCAGAAACUUGGAACACGAAAGUUGAAGAUAUCAAACGAAUCCAAAGAACAAUCAACUAUAUAUGGAUUCAAGCAAACGCGGGAACUCCACCAAAUUUGGAAAAGUUUAUAAUGAAGAUAAAAAUGCGCUGGGCUGGACACAUUGUGCGCUUGCCAACUCAAAGAAUAUGCAGAAUUAUAACUUUAUGGGAACCUCCGAAUGGCGUGAAAAGAAGAAAAGGAAGACCGAAAAAGAGAUGGGUCGAUGACGUGCAGAAUGAAGUCAAAGUGCAUCAACACAACAUCAACUUGCAAGGCCUCGGGGGAGGCGGAAGAAGAAGGAUCGGGCUAAUAUCCAGUAAAAUGCCCUGGUCACGAUUGGCUAGAAGCCGAAGUUCCUGGAAACAUCUGGUCCACAGCUACUCGCUCGAAUAA